AUGGGGUUCUGCACGGACGAAGAGUAUCGCGAGUUUCUCCGGUCGUGCCCCGAGUUUGAGCGCAUGCUGGUGCGGUCGGGGAUUAUUCUGGUCAAGUACUGGAUUUCGGUGAGUCCCGAGGAGCAGGAGAAGCGGUUUAAGGAGCGGCUGGAUCGGCCGGAAAAGCGGUGGAAGCUCAGCGACAUGGACCUGCAGUCACGGGCGCGGUGGGCGGAUUAUUCGUACGCAAAGGAUGUGAUGUUUGGGUAUUGUGAUAUCAAGCAGGCACCGUGGUAUGUGGUCCCGUCGGAUGAUAAGAAGGCUGCGAGGCUGAGUGUGAUGGCGCACUUUGCUCAGCUUGAUCCCGUCGCGGAGCGAACUAAAGUGGACGCCGUGUGGCCUGGCUGGGGUCACGCGUCUGAGAACCCGGAUCUUCCGCAGUCGCUCUCGGCUAAGGGUAUCGCGUUCCUCGGCCCUUCGGCGCAUUCCAUGGCGGCACUAGGCGACAAAAUCGGCUCCACGCUUAUAGCGCAGACGGCCCGAGUUCCAACAAUCCCGUGGAGUGGCUCCAGCAUUAUCCUGCCGGACGACCAGUGCAGGACGGAGAUCGAGGAGGAGCUGUACCACCAGGCGUGCGUGCGCACCACGGAGGAGUGUCUCGACUGCUGCAACCGCGUCGGCUACCCGGCCAUGAUCAAGGCCUCCUGGGGUGGUGGCGGCAAGGGUAUCCGCAAGGUGCACAACGAGGAGGAGGUGGUAACCCUGUUCAAGCAAGUGCAAGGCGAAGUGCCCGGCUCGCCUGUAUUCGUCAUGAAGGUGGCAGCCCUGAGUCGGCACUUGGAGGUGCAGCUGGCGUGCGACGCGCAUGGCAACGUGGUGGCGCUACACAGCAGGGACUGCAGCAUCCAGAGGCGGCACCAGAAGAUCAUAGAGGAGGGGCCGAUCACCGUGGCGCCCCCCGACGUGGUGCACGAGCUGGAGCAGGGCGCGCGGCGGCUGGCCAAGAUCGUGGGGUACUGCGGUGUGGCGACGGUGGAGUACCUCUACAGCAUGGCGGGCAACUCUUUCUACUUCCUUGAAGUCAACCCGCGCCUCCAGGUGGAGCAUCCAGUGACGGAGUGGAUCGCCGGGGUGAACCUGCCAGCAACGCAGCUCUCCAUCGCCAUGGGCAUCCCGCUCUUCCGCCUCCCCGAGAUCCGCCGCUUCUACGCCCAGGGAGGCGGGGGCUCUAGCGACUGGCGCAGCUGCGCGGACCUGGAAUCGUUCAAUUUCGACGAUGUGACCUCCACGAAGCCUAAGGGUCAUGUGGUGGCGGUGAGGGUGACGAGUGAAGACCCCGAGAACGGGUUCAAGCCCACCAGUGGACGCGUGCAGGAGCUGAGCUUCAGGAGCAAGCCGGAUGUGUGGGCGUACUUUUCGAUCAAGGCGGGCGGCCAAAUCCACGAGUUCUCUGACUCUCAGUUUGGCCACCUGUUUGCAUUCGGGCAGGAUAGGCCGGCAGCCAUAGCCAACAUGGUGCUGGCGCUCAAGUCGGUGCAGAUCCGAGGGGAGAUACACACCAACGUUGACUACACCGCCGACCUGCUCCAGGACAAGGAGUACAAGAACAACGUGAUUCACACAGGUUGGCUGGACUCGCGCAUUGCCAUGCGCAUUAAGACGCAGCGCCCUCCCUGGCACAUCUGCGUCAUUGCUGGAGGCCUCUUCAUGGCGUCCCGCACUGCAGCUGCCCGUGUGUCAGAGUACAUGGGGUACCUCGAGAAGGGGCAGAUCCCCCCAGUGAGCAUCUCACUUGUACACUUCAACCUGGUUCUCAACAUUGAUAACGUCAAGUACAUGCUCGCCCUGAGCAGGCAAGGCCCUGGCAGCUACAAGAUCCGCAUGAACCAGCAGGAGGUGCUGGCUGAGGUGCACACACUCAGGGACGGCGGUUUGCUGUGCCAACUGGACGGCAACAGUUACAUCGUGUACGCAGAGGAAGAGGCUGCGGGGACCCGCCUGCUCAUUGGGGGCCGUCCGUGCCUGCUCCAGAACGAGCACGACCCGUCCAAGCUGGUGGCCGAAACCCCAUGCAAGCUGAUGCGGCAGCUGGUAGAGGAAGGGGGCCACCUGAACAUGGACGAGCCAUACGCCGAGGUGGAGGUCAUGAAGAUGUGCAUGCCGCUGCUCGCCCCGGCCUCUGGCUGCAUCCACUGGCGCAUCUCCGAGGGCCAGACCAUGACCGCAGGAGAUCUGAUCGCCACCCUUGAUCUGGACGAUCUGACGGCCAGGAACGUCGUGCAGCAGUUCACAGGGGAUUUCCCCGAGCUGGGCACGCCCACGGUGCAGCCAGACAAGGCGCACCACCGGUUUGCGGAGGCGCUCAAGAAGGCCGGGCUGAUCCUGGCUGGAUACGAGCACAACAGCACCGAGGUGGUGGAGGAGCUGAUUCAUGGGAUCAAGGACGAGUCAGUGCCGGCGCUGCAGUGGCAGGAGAUGGCGUCUGUGCUCGCCACGCGCCUGCCCAAGGAGCUCAAGGCCGAGCUGGAUGCGCUGCUGAAGGCGUCAGAAUCAACCCAAGGAACGUCCUCCCCGCGUCUGCUCUCCUUCCCCGCGCCCGAGUGCCUGCAUGUGCUGCGCUCGUUCCUGGACCGCCUGCCUGCCAAGGACCGCAUGGGGCAGCAGCAGCUCGUGGCGCCGCUGCUGCGAGUGGCUGAGCUGCAUGCGGGCGGCCGGGAGCAAUUUGGGCUCACGGUGAUUCAGGACCUGCUGAGCCAGUACCUGAGCGUGGAGAAGAACUUCUGUGAGACGCCGCAGGCGGACGUGAUUGAGGGGCUGAGGCAGACGCACAAGAAGGACCUGGCCAAGGUGGUGGACGUGGUGCUGUCCCACCAGGGCGUGGCGCGCAAGAACGACCUGGUGGUGGCCAUUCUGGACCGCAUGGUGGCUCCCAACCCCAGCAAGCACAAGGCCAUGCUCAAAGAGCUCUCCUCGCUCUCCAAUGUCAAGCACUCCAAGGUGUUGGUGAAGGCGAAGCUCCUGCUGGAGCAGGUCCAACUGACAGAGCUCCAAGCCGGCGUGGUGCACAACCUCUCCAACCUCGACAUCUCCGAGGACGCCCUCUCCUCCGCCAGCAGCAAGCAGGAGCUCUCCUCCACAUCAUCUUCCGCAGCAGGAGGAGCAGGAGGCGGAGUAGCAGGAGGGGCUGGAGGAGACGCGGCAGACCUGCUGACUCCCAGAUCUCUGGAUCCGAAGGCGGUGAAGGAGUCUCUAGAUGCACGUAUGGAGCGGCUUGUAGACGCGCCGGUGGCCAUCGACGACGCGCUGACGUCCCUCUUUGACUACAUGGAUGCUGACGUGCAGUCCCGGGCGGUCGAGACGUACAUUCGGGCGGCUUUUUGGGAGGAAGGACCACCGCCGUCGAUCGAGCAGCUAGAGGAGGGCCAGGAUAGCCCCACGUUCAAGGCGCCGUCUACGGGGGGUGUGAAGCGGUGGGGAGUGAUGGUGGUGGCGUCCACGCUGCAGGAGGUGAAGGAUUUGCUGCGGCCUGUGAUCUCGCAGCCGGACGGGUGGUUGCUGAGUGCGGUGGAUGGGAAGCAGACGCGCGUGGCUGCCACUAGGAAGGCCAGUGCGGAGGACCUGCCGUUUGGGGGCAUGAAGCGGAUUCGCACGUUCCUGGGGAUCCCGUUCGGGGCGGGGAACGUUGCUCAUGUGGCUCUGCUGCCCAAACUCGACAGCCUUGCGGACAGCCCGUCCACCUUCCGCAUGGAGGACCGCAUUCACACGCUGCGCCGGUCCCUGCUGGACGCGGAUGCGGCCUCCACGCUGCACGGUGCGGGCGUGACGGCCGUGAGCUGCAUCGUGGUGCAGCACGGGCAGGGCCGCGCGCCUCUCAGGCACUGCUUCCACUGGAGUGAGGAGAGGGAAACCUUCGAAGAGUGGCCUCUCAUGCGCCACGUGGAGCCGCCUCUCUCCGACCUGCUGGAACUGCAAAAGCUGAUGAGUUUCGGCGAGAUGCAGUACAAGCGGUCGCGCAACCGCCACUGGCACAUCUACUCCACCACCGAGAAGCCCUCUGGCAUUCGCCGCCUCUUCCUCCGUUCCGUCGUGCGCCUCCCCAAAUCCGCCACUGGCGGAGGAGGCGACACCAGCCCCCCUGGCGGCAGCAGCGGAGGCAGCAGCAGCUGGAUCGGCGGUGGUGGUGCCGAUGGUGGUGCUGUGGGUGGUGGGGCGGAGGUGACGCGUGAGCCGUCGUUUUCGGACUCGCUGGUGAGCGAAUGUACGGUUCAGAUCGAGGUGGCGGCGCGGACGCUGGCGGCGGCAAUCCAGGAGGCAUUGGAUGAGCCGGAGCUGGAGACAACGCUCAAGGCGGACCAUGCCCACAUCUUCAUGGCCCUGCUGGGGUCACUGUCAUUCGAAAUGAGCCCCCGCGCCUCAGGCUUCAACCUGGCGGAGGUGGAGCGCAUGCUGUGCGGGCUGGGCCGCCUGGCAGACGCCAAGGUGGCCCCGCGCAUGCGCUCGCUGGCGCUGUGCAUGUGGGAGGCGCGUGUCAAGGUGAAGGGCGUGGGCGUGGGCUCUGGCGCCUGGCGUCUGGUGGCCGAGAACCCCAGCGGCCAUGCCUGUCUCGUGCAGGCCUACAUGGAAGCCGACGACGCAGCCGGCAAGAACUUUGUCUACUUCUCCUCGCCGCCCAAGCUGCCGCGCACCGACAUGCCAUCAUGGCCCGACAACGCACUCAUCCUCCCGCCCGCCGCGCUCCCCGUGCGCGUCACCUCCUCGCUGCUGCCCAUGCCGUCCCCCUCCGGCCCCCCGGGGGGUGGUGGCACCACGAUGACCCUCAAGGGCAUGGGCCCGCUGCAUGGCACGCCGCUCUCCGCGCCGUAUGGUCCGUUGAGCUCCAUUGACAAGAGGAGGCUGGCGGCUAGGAAGGCCGGGACCACCUUCUGCUAUGACUUCCUCUCCGUGAGUGCCGCUUGGGGUUGUGGUGGUGGUGCUGCUGCUGUUGGUGCUGGUGGUGGGGGUGCUGGUGGUGGGGGUGCUGGUGGUGGUGGGGGUGCUGGUGGUGGGGGUGCUGGUGGUGGGGGUGCUGCUGGUGGUGGGGGUGCUGGUGGUGGUGGGGGUGAGCUUUGGCUGCUUGUCGUUGUUGUGGCAUUGUCUGUGUCCUCCCUUUCCUUCCGUCGCCCCACCUGUGCUCCCCUGCAGAUCUUCGAGGAGGCCCUGAAGCAGAUCUGGGCGGUAGCAGAGUGGUUCCAACAGAAAUGUGACAAUGAACAAGUAAUGUUUUCAUUCUUUAAGCCAUCUCGUUACCUCCCCUUUUACCUCUCCUGUUCUCCCCUCCAGAUCUUCGAGGAGGCGUUGAAGCAGAUCUGGGCGGCAGCAGAGGCCAAGGGCACGCACACGGCGCCGCCCGCCCCGCACCUCACCUACAAGGAGCUCAUCUUCGCCGACCCAAACAUCGCAUGGGACGCAAAGCUACAGGAAACCAGCCGCCCGGCAGGGCUGAACAGCAUCGCAAUGGUCGGCUGGCGGCUCACCCUCCGCACUCCCGAAUUCCCCGACGGUCGCACGGUCUACAUCGUGGCAAACGAUGUUACCCGAGGGGCCGGCGCGUUUGGCCUGCACGAGGACAUGCUUUUCCAUGCGAUUACUCUCGAGGCGAUCAAGAACAAGGCGCCGCUGCUGUAUCUCGCUGCGAACUCGGGUGCGAGGAUUGGGAUCGCAGAGGAGGUGAAGCGGUGCCUGCAUGCCGCGUGGCUGGACGAGAAGAACCCCGAGCGAGGGUUCCAUUACCUGUAUCUCACUCCGGAGGACUACACUCGAGUGCGGUCGUCUGUGGUGGCGCAUGAGGUGGUUAUGGAGCCGUCAGGGGAGCGGAGGUGGGUGCUGACGGAUAUUAUCGGCGCUGAGGAAGGUCUUGGUGUGGAGAAUCUGUCCGGGAGUGGUGCGAUCGCGAGCGUGUUCUCGCGCGCUUUCCACGAGACGUUCACGCUGACAUUUGUCACGGGGCGGACGGUGGGUAUCGGCGCGUACCUGGCGCGGCUGGGCAGCCGGGUGAUACAGAGGCAGGACCAGCCGAUUAUUCUGACAGGGUUCUCUGCGCUGAAUAAGCUGCUCGGGAGGGACGUGUAUUCGUCGCACAUGCAACUGGGAGGACCCAAGGUUAUGGCUGUCAACGGCGUGGUUCACAACACCGUCGCGAACGAUCUCGACGGCGUUCUGACGAUCCUCCGCUGGCUGUCAUACGUCCCGGCGGCCGUUAACCGCCCGCUGCCGAUUGUCCCGAAGCCGCUCGACCCGCCGUCGCGCAAGGUGGAGUACAACCCUACGACCUCCUGUGAUCCCCGCGCUGCUGUGGCCGGGACCCAGUCUGGUACCCGCUUCCUCCGGGGGAUCUUCGACGAGGGAAGCUUCAUGGAAAUGCUGGACGGGUGGGCGAAGACGGUGGUUGUGGGGCGGGCGCGGCUGGGCGGCAUUCCUGUCGGGGUGAUUGCGGUGGAGACACAGACUGUGUUCCAGAACAUUCCGGCGGAUCCCGGGCAGCCGGAUUCGCAUGAGCGGGUGCUGCCGCAGGCUGGGCAAGUGUGGUAUCCGGAUUCCGCUGCGAAAACGGCCCAGGCGCUUCUAGACCUGCGUUUGGAGGGGCUCCCGUUGUUUAUUCUCGCCAACUGGCGCGGGUUUUCCGGAGGGCAGAGGGAUCUAUUUGAAGGGGUGCUUCAAGCGGGGUCGCUUAUAGUGGAGCAUUUGAGGACGUAUGAUCAGCCGGUGUUUGUGUACAUCCCGAGGAAGGGCGAGCUGCGGGGCGGCGCGUGGGUCGUUGUGGACCAUCGGAUCAACCCGCACAUGGUGGAGAUGUACGCUGAGGAUUCGGCGAGAGGAGCCGUGCUGGAGCCGGAAGGAGUGGUGGAGAUUAAGUUCCGGAAAAAGGAGCUGAUCGACGCGAUGCACAGGCUAGACCCGGAGAUUAUCGACUUGGAUAAGGCCCUACGGGCGGCGAAGCAGCAGCAGGCGCAGGGGAGUGACAAUGGGUCGGUGACGGUGACCGAGGGGCUGAUUGCGCAGAGGGAGAAAGCGCUCCUGCCUGUGUAUACCCAGAUUGCGGUUCGGUUUGCAGAGCUGCAUGAUACCCCGCGGAGGAUGGCGGCCAAGGGCGUGAUCCGGGAUAUUGUCACUUGGGAGAAUUCGAGGGCGUAUUUCUACUCGAGGUUGUGUCGGAAGGUCGCGGAGGACGGGCUUGCAAGGCAGUUCAUGUUACAGGUGGAUGGGCUGGGGAAGAUUGACGCGAUUGCGGAGGUGAAGCGGUGGUAUCUUGAUGAGCAGAGGGUGAAGCGGGGGGAGAUUGAGGCGCUCCGGACGAGUGUGGCGAUAGAUGGGGAUGAGUGGGUGGAUGAUAAGCAGUUCAUGGCAUGGGUGCAGGGCACGAGGAGGAAUGCAGAGGGGUUCAGGAGGAGGGUGAUGAGUCUGAGGGGAGGGAGGCUGGCGGCGGUGCUGACGAGAGAGAGGGACGCUGGGAGCAUUGCGGACGGGCUGGCACAGGCUGUUGCCAGCGUGCUGCAGGCGGUACGUGGGAUGGUGGCGUAG